GUUAAAAAUAUGUGGAAUUAUAUUUUGCUAUCUUCCGUGGUACUGAUGUCAUCGUUAUUUUAUCAUUAUCAAUUUAAUAAACCAAUCGGUAUCAUCGAAAAUCCAAAUAGCUAUUAUGAUUAUAUAGUCGUUGGCGCUGGUACGACUGGUUGCGUGAUAGCAUCGCGUCUAUCGGAUCUAUCAAAUACCACGGUGUUGCUCGUGGAAGCGGGUGGUUAUUUCAAUUGGAUGUCGGCGAUGCCGUUGAUGGCCCCGUUGAUGCAAGGGACCAGUUUAGAUUGGGCUUAUAAAACGGAGACACAGAAGUUCUCAUCGCUUGGACUUUGGAGCCACCAACAAUCGUGGCCAAGAGGUAAAGGAUUAGGUGGCACUGGUCAAAUUAAUUAUCUCGUUCACUCUUUCGGGAGGUCCGAGGAUUAUGAAACGUGGCCUAAGGGAUGGUCCUAUGGUGAUUUGAUACCGUAUUUUAAAAAGGUCACGGAAACCAUGAGCGUGACUACCUUUUCAUCGAAUGAUCCAUUAAUUGCGGCCUUUAUGGAGGCCAAACUUUCAAUCGGAUCUAACGACGCUACCUUUCAAAAGGGCAGUUAUACCGUCAAACGUGGAAAUCGAUGGAGUACCUAUCACGCGUAUUUACAAAAUUCAAUAAAAAAUCGCGACAAUCUUCACGUUCUGAUGAACACUCUGGUUACAAAGAUAUUAUUCAAUGAAACCAAAACGAUCGGUGUAGACGUUCUUUAUAAGAAUGCUUCGCGUGGAAAAAUAAACGCGAGAAGAGAAGUUAUUCUUUGUGCCGGUACCGUCAAUACCGUCCAAUUACUUUUGCUUUCUGGUAUAGGACCGAGAAAAGAUCUCAACGAGUAUCAGAUACGAACGGUGAGCGAUCUCCCAGAAGUCGGAAAGAAUCUUUUCGAUCAUAUGAAUGUUCCAGUAUAUGUAAAUCUCAAAGCAUCGGUUAGUCUGACUUUAAGAAAGAUGCAAUCGAUUCAAGAAGUAGCCAAAUACCUUCUCUUCGGAACAGGAUCUCUUUCGUCGAAUCGUGUUUUGGCUACCGCACGCGUAAACAAUAGCGGUAUUAUUCUCUUCGGCGUGGCUUCCACCGAUGAGAAAUUGUUGAAGGACAUUGCUAAUUAUCAAACCGAGACUUUCAGAUCGCUCUUUCCUGCUUACAACGACACUGGCCACGAAGGUUUUCUCUAUCUCGCUACUUGCCUUCAACCAAAAAGUCGUGGAAACAUCACCUUAAAAUCACGAAGUAUUUUCGAUCAACCAAAAAUCGAUCCGGCUUAUCUUCAAAACGACGACGACGUUCAUUGCACUCACAAGGCGAUAAAUUUGGCAUUGGAGACUUUAAAUUCGCGAAAAUUUCGUGAGUACGGAGCUCACGUUCAUUUACCCGAUUUCGAGGAAUGCCGACACUUCAGACAAGAUUACAGAGAUCGGGAUUAUUCCGAAUGCGUUAUGAGAAUCGGUGGAAUUACCAGUCAUCAUCCCUGUGGUAGUUGUAGAAUGGGCACCGACGAUAACGCGGUGAUCGAUGAUAAAUUAAGAGUAAGAGGAGUAAUCGGUUUGCGAAUAAUGGACGCCAGUAUAUUGCCUUCGCCAAUUUCCGGUACACCGAAUUCCGUCUUGAUAGCGAUGGCGGAACGUGCCUUUGACGUAAUCACUGAAAGAACAAGUAAUUAAAAAAUUGUUUCGAUCGUUCAUCGAAAAUCUUCAAAGGUGCUCUCUGUUUAAAAAGGAUCUUCUCGAGGAGCUAGAAAACAAGGAAUAACAUGGGAUCAAUCGAAAAUAGGCUCACUCUCUUGACUUUCAUGUUUUUUGUAAUUUAUAAUUAAUGGUAAAGUUUUUUUUUCUUGUUUUACAGUAAUCGAACAGUUAUUAAUAGUCUAAUUAAAUUUCGAUUAAUUUUAUACAAACAAAAAGGAUUGAUGAGUUACACUCAACGACGAAACACGAACCUCUGCCACCUUUCUGCUCUCUCUCUCUCUCUCUCUCUCUCUCUCUCUCUCUCUCUCUCACUCUUUCUUUCGGGGAUGCGGGUGGGGUGGCUCGGGGGUAAAAGAAGGAAAAGAAAACGAUCGUGAUUACUGAACGUUUCUUCGCGUUUGAAGGAAGAAAGCUUCCUUUUAUCUUUCACCCUAGUGUUCUCUUUCGCAAGGUAUUUGACAAUGGCAGAGCUUCGACGUACAUUUUUUUAUCUUUGUUUCUCUCUUUCUCUCUCUCUCUCUCUCUCUUUCUCUCUAUCUAUCUAUCUUUCUCUCGCUCAUUCAUACUAAUUCUUUCUGAAACGCUCGAACUUUACCACGUCAACUCAAAUUUCACCUUACUUCUUUCUCUGCAUAAUAAAACGCAAUUCCAUUCUGUUAAAUUAACUCUCUCUCUCUCUCUCUCUCUCACUUUGUUUCACUUUCUCUUUUUUACACUUACAUACAACAUUACAACAAAUCCAGAAAUUACACCCGCUCUGUCUCUCGUAUAAAUAAAAUAUCUGUAAUAAUAUAACGCGAAGCUCGUUGCUCUGACAUUUUCGAAGAACUCAAUCGAGACUUUCGUACGAUUCUUUGUCUCCGAGCCCCCCUUUUUCUCAACCCCUAUACGAAGAUGUUCGCGUGUACGGAAAUCCUUUGAAAGAAUUAUCAGGCGGUCACGAUCGUAGCUUUUUCGCCAAUGAAAACGUGACGUCGAUAUAUCCCUUUUAUCCUUCCCUUUUCGAAGUACCCCGAUCCACCCCACAACCCAAAUCCCACGUGAUCUCUCAUUUUUAAUAAUCGUAACGUAAACUUAAUCUUUCAACUUAAAAACAAAAUUGGUAACCACGUAUCCCCGGACAAAACACACCCGACGCUUCUCCUUCGACUCUCUUUCGAAGAAAAAGAAAAGAGAAAGAGAGAGAAAGAGACUAUCAUAUCGUUUUAUCGAUCUAUGAGUACGUAUGUCUCUCUCUGUCUCUUUCUCUCUCUUCCUUUCUCUCUCUCUCUCUCUCUCUCUCUCUCUCUCUCUCUCUCUCUCUUUUUCUCCUACUCUUUUUCUUUCUCCCUCACUUUUUCUCUUUCGCGUUCUAUACACGCGAAGUAGGAAGGAAAUCAAAAACGGAAGAAGAAAGAUAAAAGAAGAAGAAGAAGAAGAAGAAGAAGAAGAGAAAAAAUUAGAAAUAAUAACGCACCGAGAUAUUCCGGUCAUUUUACGUCCGGAAGAAAAUUACAUUGAAAUUGAAAUAAUCGACAUAUAAUUCUCCUCGAUAUUGAUUAUUCGAAGAACAUCGAUUUGAUUAAAGCGAUAUCCUAUGCGGAAUAGACUCGCCUUUUUUUUCUAUAUCUUCUCCCAUUUUAACUUUUAUUCUUAUCGUCGUCUCGAAACGAUCUUUUCGAAUGUUUCAUGAAAAUCGACUAUACGUAGUUAUCCAUUUCUUUUUUCAUUUAAAAUUUCAUAAGAACGAAAAGUCGCUUCGAAACGACCAAGUAUGUUUGACGUAUGUGUGUCUCUUUGUAUCGUGUGUGCCUGCAUAUAUGUGAGUGCGAACGUGGAAAGAAAACUCUCUCAAUCUCUCUCUCUCUCUCUCUCUCUCUCUCUCUCUCUCUCUCUCUCUCUCUCUCUCUCUCUCUCUCCCUCUCCCCGUUGUCGGCGGGAAAUUUGAAAUUCGCGCUCAUUUCUUUAAAUCGUAGUUUUAUUUCCUCGUCGAUCGGCUUCUUUUCGUUUAUUUUUUUCUUGUCUUUUCUUUUUUUUCUUUUUUCAUUUUUAUUAUUUUUUAUUCUUUUUGUAUCUUCUUUGAUUCUUUGUUUCUGCUUAUCUCAUAAUAUAUUAAUCGAGGGGAGAGAAUAAUAAUGUUAUUAUUAUUAUUAUUAUUAUUAUUAUUUAUUAUUAUUAUUAUUAUCAAUAAAUGGUUCUAACGCUCGGUCGCAAUUUGCGGGGCCGCGUUGCGCGUCACGAUAUCGGGGGCAAUUUUUUUCCCAUUUUCUUUUUUUUUUUUUUUUUUUCAUACGUUCGUUCAUUCACUCUCGCUAUCACGCACACCCACACGCACACACACUCUCUCCCACUUUCAUUCUAUUUUUGUAUGUUCUUAUAUUCUAACAAGUACGUCCUUAUCGUUAGAUAUAUAUAUUCUAUAUAUCUAUAUAUCUAUAUAUAUAUAUAUAUAUAUAAUAUAUUUAUAUUGAAAAAAUGAGUGUAUUCUUCUUUUGUCCUUUCUUCAUUUAUAUCAAUAGGAAAUAGUUAAUCGAUUAAUUUGUAAUUGCGUGUAACAUAGACGCGUCCAGCGCAUAGAAACAUAAAUAAAUAAAUAUAAACGGAUGUAUUUACAUAUACUCGGGGAAUUGCUGGUUGGGAAGGAAAGUGAAGGAUGGAAUUCGAUGGUAGAGGUGAAGAGGAGAAAGAAGAGGAGGAGGAAGAGGAGAAAGGGUGACGGAGGGACAAAGUGAGAUUUUGCGUGUGUAUCGUGUGUGGGAGGAUCCUGAUAGUAUAAUUCUUUCCUAUACAUUUAUUAUGUAUAUAUUCGCUAUAUACUACAUUUACGUAUAUAUUAUAUUUAUGUUGUCCAUGUGUGUGUGUGUGUGUGUGUGUGUUUGUGUGCGUGCGUGUUCGUUUGUCAGAGUACAUGUCAUGUGUGUUCUUACAAUUAGAGACCAUAGAAAUAGUGUCUCCAUGAGAAAAAUGACAAUAAUACUCCUCUUUUAUUUGCUCUUUUCCUAUGAUUAUCAAAGAAAGAAAAGUUGUUCGAAAAUUAUGAAUGGUUUAUGAGUUUCGUUUCUUUUCAUGUGUAUGUAAGGUAAGUGUGUUUUCUUGUGUAUUGCGAUACAUCCGCUUAACGCGGUGAGAUUGAGGUAGAAGCGGUUUCGUAUACUUAUUUUAUAUGUCAUUAUUUAAAUGCAGGUUUUAUGUAUAUAUGUACUAUUUAUAUACCGAUGGUCGCCACGUGAUUCUCUUUGCAGGUACGAACGAUGAAUUGGCGUAUAAUCGCGCUUGUGCGUGUGUUAGUGUCUGUGUUUUGAGAUGAGGGACAAAUGGGGGGAAAAAAAUAAAACACGCUCUCCACGAUCUUUUGAUUAAAAAAAAAAAAAAAAAAAAAAAACAAGAAAAAAAAAGAUAAAAAGAAAAGAAAAUUAAAGUAAAAAAAAAAAAAAAAGAAGGAAUCGAACGAAAAACACGCUUUUUUGAUGAACUCAAAAUCGAUAACAUCUCGAAAUCAAAAGAGCAUUGUAAAAUUUCGAUAAAAUGAAAAUAAAUGUGGUUCGUGCUAAAAAAGAAAACAUAAAAAGAAAAAUAAAAAAAAAAGUAAAGAAAAGGAAAUGUUUCGUUUUUUAAGCAAAAAUUUUAAAGAAAAUAGAGAUGCGUUUAGAACAAGCUUAAGGAUUUGUGUAAAUUUGAAGCAAUUAAAUCUAAAAGCGAGGAUAAGGAGAUUUUCGACGCGUCUAAAAGGAAUUAGUGAUUUUUUUUUAUUCUUUUUUAUUUUUUUUUUUCUUUUUUUUUUUUUUUCUUUUGGAAAAUCGUGCAAAGCAUCUCGGUUCGGCAGUGUAAAGAAUGCCAGGAUGAAAAAAGAUUGUCAUGAAUUUUGAAAAGAGUCGAACGUACAACACACACGUUCGGGUCGAGAUCGAGAGGAAAUCGAUCAUCGAAAAAUGAAAUUGAGACGAAAAAAAAAACGAUUCGAAGAUCAUUCCUCGCGUGCGUCGUUUGUUUCUUUUAUCAUUCAAUCGAUACUAAAUUUUCGAUCUUUUUCAUCGUCAUAAACUCUCUGGCGAUAGUAAACGACGAAAAAAAAAAAAGAGACAAAGUUUCAAAGUUUAUUCGGGCGACGACGUUUUUGUUUUUUAUUUUUUGUUUCUUACGAAUAAGACGAACAAGUAAGUAAUUUAAUGUGAAUGAACGAACACCGACAGCAUCCUCAUUUUUCUCUUUCUCUCUCUUUUUUUCCUUUUUUUUUUUUUUUUUUUUGUUUUUAAG